AUGGCUUCCAGGAAGAAGGUCCUCCUCAAGGUGAUCAUCCUCGGCGACAGCGGUGUCGGAAAAACGAGUUUGAUGAAUCAAUAUGUCAACAAGAAGUUCAGCGCAAGCUACAAGGCUACGAUCGGAGCCGACUUUCUGACGCGAGAGGUGCUCGUCGAUGACCGGCAGGUUACGAUGCAGCUCUGGGACACCGCCGGCCAGGAACGUUUCCAGUCGCUAGGUGUGGCUUUUUACCGUGGUGCAGACUGCUGCGUGCUGGUAUUUGAUGUCAACAAUUCCAAGAGCUUUGAUGCACUGGAUAGCUGGCGAGACGAGUUCCUGAUCCAGGCGUCACCGAGAGACCCCGAUAACUUCCCAUUCGUCGUCCUGGGCAACAAGAUCGACGUCGAGGAGAGCAAGCGAGUUAUUUCAACGAAGAGAGCCAUGACAUUCUGUCAGUCCAAGGGCGGGAUCCCAUACUUCGAGACCAGUGCGAAAGAGGCCAUCAACGUUGAGCAAGCGUUCGAAGUCAUUGCACGAAAUGCACUACAACAGGAAGAAUCCGAAGAGUUCAGCGGCGACUUCUCUGACCCCAUCAACAUCCACAUUGACAACGAUCGAGAUGGAUGUGCUUGUUAA